UGUGAUACACACGAACGGGGAAAAACAACUCAGGGCGACGAGUCGAGUUACACUACAGAGACCCACCGUGUGAUUUUCAAAGAAAGAGUCCGCCGCCCCAAUUCCCUAAUCGAAGCUACAGCGUGUAGAUCUACAUGGUGUAUGUUUUGCUAGUUACUGGAGAAGUGAGCAGAUCAGACACUGGUUUGGAUGUAAUUUGGGCGAGCAGCACGCCUCUACCCGAUACGCUCUUGCGCGGACGCUGGUGAAGUCGAUUGGUCAGCACGUCCUUUGACGGUCGGUGGGUUGUCCGGCGUCCACAGCAGCAAUCAGCCCUAACUGAUAGAGUGCCAUAACUUCAGCUACUGUCACUGCUGCCAAGCAUCAUGAUUCCACCAGUUACAUCACUGGUCAAGUAUGACAAUCCGAAAAUCAAGUCCACACACGACCCACCAGCCCAACAGCAGCAGCAAGGGGUCAUAUCGCCCACAAAGACAAAGGCUUCAGCAACAGAAACUCAGAAGCUGAAGGAAACUGACGAAAUCCUUUCCGCCAUUCUUCCUCCAAGGGAAUGGCAGGAGAGUGGACAGCUGUGGGUCCAGCCAGUCUCCAGCACGCCUGCUACCAGAAUGGAAGUGCUGGGAUUGAAGGAGUUACUAGACACGAGGAUUCAGCAGCGACAGGCCAGGGAGACUGGCAUAUGCCCCGUGCGACGCGAGCUCUAUAGCCAAUGUUUUGACGAGAUUAUCCGCCAAGUCACCAUUGAAUGUUCUGAGCGUGGACUUCUUUUGCUUCGGGUUCGUGAUGAGAUCAAGAUGACACUGCAGGCCUAUCAGACUCUCUAUGAAAGCAGUGUGGCGUUUGGCAUGAGAAAGGCACUGCAGUCUGAGCAAGGCAAGUCAGACAUGAAAGAGCGGAUUGUCGAACUCGAGGAAGAAGUCAAGCAACAGGAGAAAAUGGUAGCAGAUUGGAAGAACAAGUACGAGGCGCUGGAGAAGCGUGAGGCAGAAAGAAGAGUUGCUGACCAGACCAAGCAUCAGGAGGAGAUGCAGUUUGCUAAAAGAACCAACCAGCAACUCAAGACCCAGCUAGAGGGAAUCAUUGCACCGAACAAGAAAUAAUCUGAGUCGACACGACAACAAUUUGACCAGACAUUGUUGACCCGCCAUGGAUGUGAGCGUAUUUUCACAUGGUCUACAUACGUGUGCAUGGCCUUGCAGCAUCCAGCUCACCGAGUCGACUUGCUGUAUUGUACAUAGCUCAGCUGAUUCAUAAUGAUACAGCUCACAGUAUUGUCCAUUGGUCUGCUGUGUGGGGUGAGAAGUGAGACGCACUUUCAAUGUUCGAUUGGCACUGAAGUGUGAUGAUAACUCUCCAUACAUUCGGGAUGGCUUGCUAGUAGCCGAGACGUCACUUUUCCGUUCUCAACUGUCUUGAUUUUUUUGUCAUUUGCUUUACACUAAUUUGUUUAACUUUUAUCUCAAGGUACAAACACACUCAUUUCUAUCUGUAAGUGUAAGUAUCUUGUUUAAUAGGAAAAUUAAUAAUGUUCAACUCAAGGUGAAAAAAUGAUAGGUACUCAACAUCAA